AUGAUGUCCAUGAACAGCAAGCAGCCUCACUUUGCCAUGCAUCCCACCCUCCCUGAGCACAAGUACCCGUCGCUGCACUCCAGCUCCGAGGCCAUCCGGAGGGCCUGCCUGCCCACGCCGCCGCUGCAGAGCAACCUCUUCGCCAGCCUGGACGAGACGCUGCUGGCUCGGGCCGAGGCGCUGGCGGCCGUGGACAUCGCGGUGUCCCAGGGCAAGAGCCACCCUUUCAAGCCGGACGCCACGUACCACACGAUGAACAGCGUGCCGUGCACGUCCACGUCCACCGUGCCGCUGGCGCACCACCACCACCACCACCACCACCACCAGGCGCUCGAGCCCGGCGACCUGCUGGACCACAUCUCGUCGCCGUCGCUCGCGCUCAUGGCCGGGGGCGCGGGCGCGGCGGGCGGCGGCGGCGCCCACGACGGUCCCGGGGGCGGUGGCCCGGGCGGCGGCGGUGGCCCGGGGGGCGGCGGUGGCCCGGGCGGCGGCGGCGGCGGCCCCGGGGGCGGCGGCGGAGGCGGCGGCGGCCCGGGGGGCGGCGGUCCCGGUGGCGGGCUGCUAGGAGGCUCCGCGCACCCGCAUCCGCACAUGCACGGCCUGGGCCACCUGUCGCACCCGGCGGCGGCCGCGGCCAUGAACAUGCCGUCCGGGCUGCCGCAUCCCGGGCUGGUGGCGGCGGCCGCGCAUCACGGCGCGGCGGCGGCGGCGGCGGCGGCGGCGGCCGGGCAGGUGGCGGCGGCGUCGGCGGCGGCGGCGGUGGUGGGCGCGGCGGGCCUGGCGUCCAUCUGCGACUCGGACACGGACCCGCGCGAGCUCGAGGCGUUCGCCGAGCGCUUCAAGCAGCGGCGCAUCAAGCUGGGCGUGACGCAGGCCGACGUGGGCUCGGCGCUGGCCAACCUCAAGAUCCCGGGCGUGGGCUCGCUCAGCCAGAGCACCAUCUGCAGGUUCGAGUCGCUCACGCUGUCGCACAACAACAUGAUCGCGCUCAAGCCCAUCCUGCAGGCGUGGCUCGAGGAGGCCGAGGGCGCCCAGCGCGAGAAAAUGAACAAGCCCGAGCUCUUCAACGGCGGAGAGAAGAAACGCAAGCGGACUUCCAUCGCCGCGCCCGAGAAGCGCUCCCUCGAGGCCUACUUUGCCGUGCAACCCCGGCCCUCGUCCGAGAAGAUCGCCGCCAUCGCCGAGAAACUGGACCUCAAAAAGAACGUGGUGCGGGUGUGGUUUUGCAACCAGAGACAGAAGCAGAAAAGGAUGAAAUUCUCGGCCACUUACUGA